UUCAAUUUUAGUCAGAUUGACGUUUGACCGUCACGGGUGGUUCUUUCUCACCGUUUCCAUGAAAACACAAAAACCACUACCUGUUGGUGUUUCAGCUCCCGCCGCCGCCAUCUAACCCAUCCAAUUUGUACACAUAUAUAUAUUUUCUUUUGAUCUUCUUCAGGUGAUCGAUUAUGCUUGCACCCUUCUUCUCUCUCCCUCAGAUUCCCAUUCGCUCUCUAACCAGAAAUAUCAUGCAUAACAUGAGUGCUGUAGCAGUACAAUCUCCAAAACAUCCAAAGUUCAUCUCUGUGGAAGGGGCUGACAUUUACUCAAGAAGUAAAUCUGAUGGUAUCAGAUUUCGCUUUGUUUCUUACAAUAUUUUGGCGCAGGUCUAUGUGAAGAGUUGUUAUUUUCCACAUUCUCCAUCCAUAUGCCUUAAGUGGAAAGCUCGAUCGCAGGCAAUUUUAGCUGUUCUUAAGAAUCUCGAAGCUGAUUUUUUCUGUCUACAGGAAGUUGAUGAAUAUGAUAGCUUUUACAAAGGAAAUUUGGAAAGGUGUGGAUAUUCCAGCUUAUAUAUCCAGAGAAGUGGCCAGAAACGUGAUGGAUGUGGAAUUUUUUUCAAGCACGAAAAAGCUGAGUUGAUCAUAGAGGACAGAAUUGAAUACAAUGAUCUUGUAGACUCUAUACAAGAUGAUGGUCGUGUAACCAGUGCUAGUAAUGAUGUUGAAUCAAACAAGGGUUUAUCGCCAAAAACCACCACAGCCGAUCACGGGGAUCCUAACGAUCCCCGAGUAAGAUUAAAACGUGAUUGCGUCGGGAUUAUGGCUGCUUUCAAACUCAGAAAGCCUUUUCAUCAUGUUGUAAUUGUAGCAAACACUCAUCUUUACUGGGAUCCAAAAUGGGCUGAUGUCAAGCUCGCCCAGGCGAAGUAUCUUUUAUCGCGCCUAGCUCGAUUCAAAACUUUAGUAGCUGAAAAAUUUGAAUGCACACCCUCAAUACUUUUGGCUGGCGACUUCAAUUCAACCCCAGGAGAUAAGGUAUACCAAUACCUUGUUUCAGGCAACUCCUGUUCUGGAUUUUCUCCUGAAAGCUUGGAAGAUCUUCCUUUACCUCUUUGUAGUGUCUAUGCUUCUAUAUUAGGGAGUGAACCUUCCUUUACAAACUUCACUCCCGGCUUCACUGGUACUCUUGAUUAUAUAUUUCUCUCACCUUCGGAUUCUAUAAGACCCGUCAGCUUUCUAGAACUCCCAGAUUCAGAAUGCCCAGAGGUUAUUGGUGGGUUACCCAAUUUUAACUACCCAAGUGAUCAUCUUCCUAUUGGUGCUGAAUUUGAAAUCACAAUGGAAUAAGCUACUCAUUUUUCUUUUCUUUUUCAUGUUGAUUGUUUAGACAUUUCUUCUGUGUUCCAUCAAAGUUCAGAAUGAUUGUAAUUUGUAAACCUAGAUCUUGAAACCAAAAUCUUUUUUUUUUUUUUUU